UCCGCCCUCCUACCUGUAAAUCUCCCCAACAAUCUGUGGAGCAGAUCUGACUGACGGGCUGCACGGAUCAGCCGAGGAAAGUGGACGGGGACAGCGACAUGUCAUUGAGAGCGGAAUAAUCGCCCGAACGCCGAUAAUCGGUCAGGUUUUCCCAUCGAGCCGAGCACGACUACAAAGAGGAGCUUGGCUCCCAGCUGAAUACCAUUGAAGACAUUGAUUUAGUUGGCGUUUAUGUGCGAAAUAUCGAUUAGACAGCGCUGAGGCGACACUGUCGCUGGAUGGACGACAGAGACGUGCACAAGACGCGCGAAGAACACCUCAGAUAGCCGUGUUUUUUCUCUCACAAAUCCUCUAACAACAACAGAGACCGAACGAAUAUUUGCGUCAUUUGUUUAUCAAAUAUGGAGAAGGAUGAGGGAAACCCUUCAGAAUGAAAACAUCAAGUCGUUAUUAAUGCGGAUUUAAAUGUCUCGCGCUGAGGGCAGCGGACGCGCGCUUUCUCCUCACGCUCUCCAGCGUUUCUCACUCAAAAACGUCGCUCAGAAAUAUUAUUUCCACUGAACAGACGCGGACAGAGAAGCUGAUCAGAAAGGAGAGGGAUAUUUAAAGCAAUAUGGCUGAUGGCUGGGGUUGGGGGCGCUGGCAUGAGCUCUCCAAAGCUUCUCAAUGCUAGCCGUGGCAGAUGGCGACGGAUCCUAUGGCAGCAGGAGCCCUAGAAUGAGUAGUAGUAACAUUUUUAAUAAAAACCCGGACUCUUCUGUCUCUAUAUCGAAGAUGGACGUGAUCAUCCCGUUCUCGCCAGACGUACCCUGUGACAACAAUGGUCAGCGUAUGUGGUGGGCUUUCCUCGCCUCAUCAAUGGUGACGUUUUUCGGGGGUCUCUUCAUCAUUCUCAUGUGGAGGACCCUCAAGUACCUGUGGACUGUCUGCUGUCAUUGCAAAAUAAAAAAAAAGGAGGCACAGAAGCUGCAUAACCCUAUGAACAGUCUGUCUGAUGGAGCACCGAAGAUCGCAGGUGAAAAAGAAGAGGUCCCGGCUAGUGAGGUGGGCUGGAUGACCUCAGUCAAAGACUGGGCGGGGGUCAUGAUCUCAGCACAGACCCUUACCGGCAGAGUAUUGGUGGUGUUGGUCUUUGCACUCAGCAUUGGCGCUCUUGGAAUAUACUUCAUAGACUCUUCAGAUCCUAUAGAAUCCUGUCAGAAUUUCUACAAAGACUUCACGUUACAAAUUGACAUGGCAUUCAACGUGUUCUUCUUACUCUACUUUGGCUUGCGUUUCAUAGCAGCCAAUGACAAGCUGUGGUUCUGGUUGGAGGUGAACUCAGUGGUGGACUUCUUCACCGUGCCGCCCGUGUUCGUGUCAGUGUAUCUGAACAGGAGCUGGCUGGGUCUGAGGUUCCUAAGAGCCUUGAGAUUGAUACAGUUCUCAGAAAUUUUACAGUUUUUGAAUAUCUUAAAAACAAGUAAUUCCAUCAAGCUGGUGAACCUGUGUUCCAUCUUCAUAAGCACAUGGCUCACUGCUGCAGGAUUCAUUCAUCUGGUGGAAAACUCAGGGGAUCCAUGGGAAAACUUCCAAAAUUCUCAGCCGCUCUCAUAUUGGGAAUGUGUGUACUUAUUAAUGGUCACUAUGUCCACUGUGGGAUAUGGAGACGUCUAUGCAAGAACCACUCUAGGACGCCUUUUCAUGGUCUUCUUCAUUCUCGGUGGUCUGGCCAUGUUUGCCAGCUACGUCCCUGAAAUCAUAGAGUUAAUAGGAAACCGCAAGAAAUAUGGUGGUACCUAUAGUGCGGUAAAUGGCAGAAAGCACAUUGUGGUUUGUGGUCACAUCACGCUCGAAAGUGUUUCCAACUUCCUUAAAGACUUCCUACACAAGGACAGGGAUGAUGUCAAUGUAGAAAUUGUUUUUCUUCAUAAUAUUUCCCCUAAUCUUGAGCUGGAAGCCUUGUUCAAACGUCACUUCACUCAGGUGGAAUUCUAUCAAGGAUCGGUACUCAACCCACAUGAUCUGGCUAGAGUCAAGAUCGAGUCAGCAGAUGCCUGCUUGAUUCUUGCAAACAAAUACUGUGCAGACCCUGACGCUGAAGAUGCCUCCAAUAUCAUGAGAGUCAUAUCUAUCAAGAACUACCACCCGAAGAUCAGAAUUAUCACUCAGAUGUUGCAGUACCACAACAAGGCCCAUCUGCUAAACAUUCCCAGCUGGAACUGGAAGGAGGGCGAUGAUGCAAUCUGCUUGGCCGAGCUGAAGGCGGGCUUCAUUGCCCAGAGCUGCCUGGCACAGGGCCUGUCCACCAUGCUCGCCAACCUCUUCUCCAUGAGGUCAUACAUUAAGAUCGAGGAGGACACAUGGCAGAAGUAUUAUCUGGAGGGAGUUGCUAAUGAAAUGUACACUGAAUACCUGUCCAAUGCCUUUGUGGGGCUUUCCUUUCCUGCAGUUUGUGAGCUGUGCUAUGUGAAGCUGAAGUUGCUGUUGAUCGCUAUUGAAUACAAGUCAGAGCAGAGGGAAAGCAGAAGCAGAAAGCGCAUUCUGAUCAACCCGGGAAAUCACGUCAAGAUGCAGGAGGGGACGCUGGGAUUCUUUAUCGCCAGCGAUGCCAAAGAGGUGAAAAGAGCUUUUUUCUACUGCAAAUCUUGUCAUGAUGACAUCACAGAUCCCAAAAGGAUAAAAAAGUGUGGCUGCAAGAGAACAGCAGAUGGCGCUACAACUCCAGGGAAAAUGGAAGCGCAGAGGCAGUCUGGGGUUCGGUUCAAAGCUGAAUGCGCUUUAGUCGAAGAUGAGCAUCCGUCAACACUGUCACCCAAAAAGAAGCAGCGCAACGGAGGCAUGCGGAAUUCACCAAACUGCUCGCCCAAAAUGACGAGACACGACCCCCUGCUUAUUCCGGGAAACGAGCAGAAUGAGAGCGUGGAUUCUAGUGUGAAGAGAUACGACUCCACUGGGAUGUUUCACUGGUGUCCAUCCAAAGAAAUUGAGAAAGUCAUUCUGACACGCAGCGAGGCCUCCAUGACAGUUUUGAGUGGACAUGUAGUAGUCUGUAUAUUUGGAGAUGUCACGUCAGCCUUGGUGGGGCUUCGAAAUCUGGUGAUGCCUUUGAGAGCCAGCAACUUCCAUUACCACGAGCUAAAGCCCAUCGUGUUCGUGGGGUCAUUAGACUAUCUGAGAAGAGAGUGGGAAACCCUUCACAACUUUCCCAAAGUCUCCAUUUUACCCGGUACGCCAUUAAGUCGAGCUGAUUUAAGGGCCGUCAACAUCAACCUCUGCGACAUGUGCGUUAUCCUGUCAGCCAAUCAGAACAAUAUCGACGAUGCUUCACUGCAGGACAAGGAAUGCAUCUUGGCGUCUCUUAACAUCAAAUCUAUGCAGUUUGAUGACAGCAUCGGAGUCCUGCAGGCUAAUUCUCAAGGUUUCACACCUCCCGGUAUGGACAGGUCAUCUCCAGAUAACAGUCCCGUGCACGGCUUAGUGAGACAGGCGUCCGUCACCACCGGAUCAAACAUCCCCAUCAUAACUGAACUCGCUAAGCCUGGCAAACUACUGCCUUUGGUUUCAUUCAAUCAGGAAAAAAACACUGGAACCAACAUACAAAUGAUAACAGAACUGGUGAACGACUCCAACGUUCAGUUUUUGGACCAAGAUGAUGACGAUGACCCAGAUACGGAGCUGUAUCUGACCCAGCCCUUCGCCUGCGGUACUGCGUUUGCCAUCAGCGUGUUGGACUCCCUGAUGAGUGCGACAUACUUCAACGAUAAUAUCCUCACCCUGAUCCGGACGCUGGUCACGGGAGGCGCCACCCCGGAGCUGGAGGCCCUGUUGGCAGAGGAGAACGCUCUGAGAGGUGGCUACAGCACGCCGCAGACGCUGGCUAACAGGGACAGGUGUCGGGUCGCCCAGCUGGCCUUGUACGACGGGCCCUUCGCCGACUUGGGGGAUGGCGGUUGCUACGGAGACUUGUUUUGUAAAGCAUUGAAAACAUACAACAUGCUGUGCUUUGGAAUCUACAGAUUACGAGAUGCACACUUAGGUGCACCAAGCCAGUGCAUGAAAAGAUAUGUCAUCACAAACCCGCCUUACGAGUUCGAGCUGGUGCCCACGGACCUGAUAUUCUGUCUGAUGCAGUUCGAUCACAACGCGGGCCAAUCCAGAGCAAGCCUGUCCCACUCCUCUCAUUCCUCCCAUUCAUCCAGCAAGAAGAGCUCGUCCGUCCACUCCAUCCCUGCCAGCAACCGACAGAACCGCAGCAGCAAAGCACGCGAGGCCCGUGACAAACAGAAUGCAACAAGGAUGAAUAGAAUGGGUCCAGAAAAGAGAUGGUUUACAGAUGAAGCAGAAAACGCGUAUCCAAGGAACAUUCAAAUCAAGCCCAUGAGCACUCACAUGGCCAACCAAAUCAAUCAGUACAAAUCCACUAGCAGUCUGAUUCCACCUAUCCGAGAGGUCGAAGACGAAUGCUGAACCUAUCCCCAGCCUUUAACAUCACAGGAGUCGGCCCAUCCUGCUGUAAAAGAAGCGCGCUAUUUGUGAAAUGACCGUGACGACGGCGACACAUCCUUCUUCCCUUGUGCGGCUGGAGGGAUUGACCGGAGAACUGGAAGAGGGACCGCCUCUAUGUGUAUACCUUUAAUGUUACUUCCAUACUUUUAUAUACAGUAUGUAAACAUAGUGAUGUACAUAUUGACAAUCAAGUAAGGAUUGUACAGCCCCUAGCACUUUUUGAAAUUAUGUUAACAGGCAAACAAAAAAGAGAAAAGUACUUCCUGUGAUUCUUUGCAAUAUAUCACCUUCGCCGUGGCCUGACUCCGCGCGCACGCGGAGAAGAUGAGGGUCACGUUCAUCCAAACGCUCUCCAAAGAUCCUCUUCUGAAGCAUCACGUCAGCCCUGUUGCGACGCAUAUCCUUUGUUUCUUUUUGCACUACGAGUUACCACGAAAAAGUGACUCGGGAAGAGUCCAAGCGUAUCCUCGGUUCUGGGUGAGAUGGGGCCGGUUUAACAGGCUGUGAAAUGAAUGGCUUCGUUCAGGGGUGUUUGCCCGGGCACUUCCGCAUGUGUUUGCUGAAGUAACCUAAACAUACAGUAUCCAUUUCCAUCCACGUAGACUGUUCUGACACACAUAAAUACAUGGAAAUGUGUUUGCUGUACUUCAAUGCAAAAGGUUGCCCCCCCCAAGGUAGCGCUUUGGCAAAUUGGCAAUACAUUGAGGAUAUGCACUACUUCUGUUGAUGUCUUUCAAUCACUCAUGACUGCCGGUGUUUGUUUAGGAAUCUAUCUGUGGGCUUAUGUGUUUGUUCGGAAGAGGCUCUGUGUGUUUGUGUCUGCUGUUAAUACGGAGUGAACUACCAUCAAAUGCUGAUAAUUCAACAAUGAUUGAGCUUUCAGACUGAAACGUCUCUAACCCAACGUUGGCAUGAAAAAUGUGUUUAAUUCAAAUCGCCACGUAUUGCAAAAGUGGGCAUGUUUGUUUCCUCCUUUGGGUGUAUAGGCACAGGGUUGGCACAGAGGCAAAAAGUGCUUGGAUGUUCUCUGUUACCAACCAUGAUGCCUUAAAAUCUAGACCGAAUGCCGCUGUUGGCUUAUAAAAAACUGGGGGAGCUCAAUCAUAGUGUGGAAUUAUCAGCCAAUACAAGAUGAAGCUUUAGACUGAAUGGAUGGAACGUCACUUAAUAUCAAGGCUACACAACUGUGUUUAACCUUUAAGUACAAUAGAAACUGCGCUGACGCAAAUGCUUCUCCGAAUUAUGAAGUUUGCUUGAAGUUUGCUUCAAGUGCUCCAUCAGAUUUAUACAUAAGUACAUACUUAUUUUUUAUCCAUGAGCUUGAUCAUUUUGUACUUAUUUUUAUACAUAUCAGAGAACUUUAUUUCGAAAUGUAUCUUAAAUAUAUCGUAAUAGCUGCCGUGGUUUGCUUUCUGGUCCAGUUUUACCCCGACAACACAGCAUCAUGUAACAUCGAAUAACAAGAGAAAUAUCUUUGAGCCGAGUCGAGAUGCGCUCUUUGACACGCUUUGAAGGACCUCUGUAGCUAAACCACUAAAACAGUGCUUUUCUUUCAUAAGCUAACGGAGAUGAAAACAAAUGCUGAGUGAUGACUCUUUACUGUAUUUCCAAGUAAAAGCGAUGUUGAUCUUCAGACAGAUUCCGAGAUGAGGAGGAGGGUGGUCUCGUAUCUUCUCUGUCUGUUCUGAGGGUAGUGUUGAUGAUAAUAUUAUCGAUGUUUGACCUAAAUUAGGUCUCGCGAAGAGAGGAACGUGCUCAAGUACUUUCAUGUGUGCGCAUAUAAUUUGAUCAUAAAGCGUUUCAAUGUUUUUUUAUCAGCCGUGAGUUAAAGCCGCGCGAUUGUAGAGAUGCAUAAAGAAAACGGUUCCAUCCACUGAGUCGAAGAAUGAAACUGCGUAGUGUCAAAACAUGUUGUAUAAAUUCUGCCCAUUCGAGUCCACGUUUAUUUUCUGAAGGAUCUCAGCUUUACUGUUUGUCUACUGGACAUCUCGGCUUUGUCCUGAAGUGAUUUUCUGAAUUGUGAUUACAUUGGUGUUACACUUUGUAGCAAGUAGAUUUCUUAAUAAAUGAAAAAAUAAUAGUAAUAAUGUGAGUACAAUGUAUGUAUAAUUGGAUUGUCAAUAACAUACUUGCUAGCCUGAAAACAAAAAAGAUUUAAAAGGAGUCAUAAAUUAAAGUAAAAUGUCUUUUGUUUCUACUAUUUUGUCCUAUUUAGGGUCUUUUCUUGUUAUGAAUCUAUAUGGUGCAUUACACAGAAAGGCCAUUAGGACGAUAAAGCCUGCAGGUUUCAUUUGAAGAGCGUAGACGUGUCCGAGGAAUUUUUAAGGAUUAUUUACAAUCGGGUUUUUACAUUCCAUUUUGUCAUCAGCAUUUUAGUUACAAUUGUUUGAAUCGUUUUUUCUUUGUAGCUUAAAAAAACGUAAGAAUCAGGUAGCAAUCCUGAUGACAAAGCUGGCGUAGAUUUUCUUUUGUUACCCUAUUUGACAGAAAAAGGUAUGAGGUGAUACUUGUAUUUUCCUCUCCACUGCAACAAAUGUGCAAUGUUUCAAAUAUCAUGUUAUUCAUGUGAUCAGAUAGUACACAUAUCAGUGCCAUGAAAUGUAUCUGUCUACUAGCAUUCGUCAGUCAAUUGUUGCAAUUUAGUAUGGCAUCUAAUACUGGCAUGGAGAACAUCCAAGCCAUCUUUGCCUCCAUGCCAGCACAGUGCCAGGCAAUGUGUCAAGACCCAAGGAGGAACUCUGUAAGACCCGCUAGAGCGAAAAGUGGCGUUCGGCUUACGUCCAAUCACAUCAUGGACGGAAUCUAUAAAAAAUAUCAGAGUAGUGACUGAACGAUGCUGAAUAUGUGUAGUCAGAUCACCCGUCAAUGUAUUCAAGAGUGUUUUGAUUCAAGUCACAUAUAAACUGAUGUACUACACAACUGUCAAUGUUGCAUAGUAUGGCUAUUUUAUUCUACUGUAAAGUACAGAUUUUUUUAAGUUUUAGAAGCUGUAUAAAGAAAAUACACUGUAACAGAAUAAAUACUCGGAGAGAUAUAAGUCUUAACACGCUGACGUUGCGUAUGGAUUUUUUUGCUGUCUUUUCUUCCACUUGAAUACAUUAAUCAAAAGCGUUCAUAUAAACAUGUAAUUAUUUACAUAUUCAUUACAGGAAAAGGGAGUUUCUCACAGUUUUGCAUCAACUUCAUUGAUUUGACUGAUGGCCGUGAAGAUGCUGGUGCUGAGCUGAUCUACCUGACUCUGUCAAAUAUAACCUGCUGAUAAACAUACUGUCUUGUACAAAAAGUUUGUACAUAAAUUGUACAUGGUUUCUUUUUGUAUUUUCUCAAAUUAAAAUGGAUGUAUUUGUGUUCUA